AUGGAGGAGGAGGCGGCUGUGAGGAAGAGGAAGGUGCCACGGGCCCCCCAGGCAGAUGAGGAGGAACUGAGGACGGAGAGCCCGGAGGACAAAUCCCCCCGGCAGACCCUGGUGGGAGAGGCUGUUUUGAAGGGCUCCACGGCUCAGGAAGGCAGCGGGGAGGAAAAGGCCCGGAGAUCCCCCCACAGGAGGGACUCCAAAGCCAGCCCAGGGUGCUCUGAGGAGGAAAGACCCAGCCUGUGGUGGGAAGGUGGCCAGAGCUUGAGGCGGAGCUGCGACCUGGUGGUCCCUGAUCAGCCUCCCAGCGGGGAGAAGCCCUUCAGAUGCUUGGAAUGUGGGAAGAGCUUCAGGACGAGCACCCACCUGAUCCAACACCAGCACAUCCACACUGGGGAACGUCCCUACACAUGUGGGGAUUGUGGGAAGAGUUUCAACCGCAGGUCCACCCUCCAGAACCACCAGCGCAUCCACACCGGGGAAUGGCCCUACACGUGUGGGGAAUGUGGAAAGAGGUUUCAGCGCAGCUCAACUCUCCUCCUGCAUGAGCGGAUGCACACGGAUGAGAGGCCUUUCCGCUGCACUGACUGCGGGAAGGGCUUCAAGCAGAACUCCACCCUCAUCAGGCACUGGCACAUCCACACCGGGGAGAGGCUCUACAAGUGUGGGAAGUGUGGGAAGAGGUUUCAGCGCAGCUCAACUCUCCUCAGGCAUGAGUGGACGCACACGGAUGAGAGUCCCUUCCGCUGCACCGACUGCGGGAGGGGCUUCAACCUGAACUCCACCCUCGUCAGGCACCAGCGCAUCCACACCGGGGAGACGCCCUACAAAUGCUUGGAAUGUGGGAAGAGCUUCAGGAAGAGCACCAACCUCCUCAGCCACCAGCAUAUCCACACUGGGGAACGUCCCUACAUGUGUAGGGAAUGUGGGAAGAGCUUCAGCCAGAGCUCCAACCUGAUCCAACACCAGAGUAUCCACACUGGGGAAUGUCCCUACAAAUGUGGGGAAUGUGGGAAGAGCUUCAGCCAUAGCUCAACCCUCCGCAUCCACCAGCAUAUCCACACUGGGGAACGUCCCUACACGGGUGGGGAAUGUGGGAAGAGCUUCAAUGUCAGCUCCACCCUGAUCCGACACCAGCACGUCCGCACUGGCAAACGGCCCUACACAUGUAGGGAAUGUGGGAAGAGCUUCAGUGACAGCUCUACCCUCCGCAGACACCAGCGCAUCCACACGGAUGAGAGGCCCUUCUGCUGCACCGACUGCGGGAAGAGCUUCAACCAGAAUUCCCACCUCAUCAGGCACCAGCGCAUCCACACCGGGGAGAGGCCCUACAAGUGUGGGGAGUGUGGGAAGAGCUUCCCCAGGAGCUCUGGCUUGACCUCACACCAACGGACCCACCGGUAA